CGCGAUUGGUUCUCCUCGCCCCGCCCUCGAUUCCGGAACUCCAAGUCCAUCUUUCCCCAGUACAAUCUGGCUGGGCCACCAUGGACCUGGGACUUGCAGGUCGGCGGGCGCUGGUCACCGGCGCGGGCAAAGGCAUCGGGCGCAGCACAGUGCUAGCGUUGCGGGCGGCUGGUGCACACGUUGUGGCCGUGAGCCGGACACGGGCGGACCUUGACAGCCUGGUUAGCGAGUGUCCUGGCGUGGAGCCUGUGUGUGUGGACCUGGCAGACUGGGAGGCCACAGAACGGGCCCUAAGCAAUGUGGGACCGGUGGACCUGCUUGUGAACAACGCCGGUGUGGCUCUGUUGCAACCCUUCCUGGAGAUCACCAAGGAGGCCUGUGACACGUCCUUCAACGUGAAUCUUCGGGCUGUCAUCCAGGUGUCUCAGUUUGUGGCCAAGGGCAUGAUAGCUCGGGGGGUCCCAGGAGCCAUCGUGAACGUCUCCAGCCAGGCCUCCCAGCGGGCGCUGACCAACCAUAGUGUCUACUGUUCCACCAAGGGCGCCCUGGACAUGCUGACCAAGAUGAUGGCCCUGGAGCUCGGACCCCACAAGAUCCGUGUGAAUGCGGUCAAUCCCACAGUAGUGAUGACACCCAUGGGCCGGACCAACUGGAGCGACCCCCACAAGGCCAAGGUUAUGCUGGAUCGCAUCCCACUUGGCAAGUUCGCUGAAGUGGAGGACGUGGUGGACACCAUCCUCUUCCUCCUGAGCAACCGAAGUAGCAUGACCACGGGUUGUGCUCUGCCGGUGGACGGCGGCUUCCUGGCUACCUGAGCCCCCUCCACCAUUACUCCGCUCAGCCUUAUGCUCAGAACACUGUGCCCUCCAUCCCACCAAUAAACGUCUCUGUCCAGCCUGUGUGCUCAGGUAGGCAGAGAUCUUCAUGCCCUCUGUGA